CGUCGAGGAAGCACAAGGAUAUAACAAGCAUCAAGUGCACGAAAAGGGCUACACAGCAUUACAAGUGCGCCUCGGAGAUAUCAUCACUGACUGGACGAUAGAACACAAGAAAAAUAAGGUUCAUUUUCAACACACGAUUCGAACGCGAAACAGCAAGAGAAGAUACUAGUGAAAAUCCGGAAGUCCUUACAAAUAUAGAACUGAACUAAGUAGACAAGACACUAAAGUUGUUCGGUGCAUAAUCAGUGUAGAGUGCAACAGGCUUCAAAAUAAAGCUCAAAAUGGAUGGUGCCACAGUGAGCCCAAUGCCAGAGGCUCCGCUAGCGAUGAUGGAGAUUGAGAAAACUCCCCCAAGAAGUCCCAAUCAUCAUGACAUGCCACCGCCACCGGAUGAAAAACGUUACGAUGAUGACGAUGAUCGGGUAUGGGAUUGUGGAGCAUGGUUCGAGUAUAUUCUGGUUGUCGUAGUGUCCUCGAUACUCCUAAUUGCCGCAUCUGUACUGACCAUUUUCUGGGUGAUAUACUAUCGAAAAGGUUUUAAUAUGGAUGACCCAAAGUUGCAAUUCAAUCUACAUCCAGUUCUGAUGGUUGGCGGUUACAUCACACUUUCCGGAUUUUCUAUUUUACUGUACCGUAUCUGCCGUUGCUGUUCACAUUUGAUUGUUAAGCUGUGCCACACAUUUUUCCAUGCGUGCUCCAUCCCUUGCAUCGUUAUCGGUUUCCUUGCCGUAUGGGACUCUCACAACCAAACCCAAACUCCUAACUUUUAUUCUUUGCAUUCAUGGCUGGGUUGUAUCACUAUGGGAUUGUUCGCUCUCCAGUUCAUUCUGGGUUUCUUCAGCUUCCUUAUUCUACUUUGCUGUGAAAACGCUACAUACAAGUUUCGAUCGACGAUGGUUCCAAUUCACGCAAGCUUUGGAGUAGCCACAUUUAUGCUGGCGGUAGCGACUGCAGUUACUGGUUUGACUCAAAAGGCAUACUUUGAAUUAGGAGACAGCUACCAACAAACCAUUGAAGAGGGAAUAAUCAUAAAUUCGAUCGGAGUGGUUCUAACAGGCCUAGGCAUAAUUAUUCCUUUCGCAGUAAGACGUUCAAAUUCACCAGCCAACUGCAAAGUUUACGUGACUGAGCGUAUCUAAACGUUUCUUCGUAUUUUUUAUAUCUAAAAUAACUUGCAAUAUAGGUACAUUUAGUUAGUUCGUAAGUGUUAUUUAAAUAUAGGAUUAAAAAUUGUUUCAAACAUUUUUGUUCUUUUAUAUAACUUUGCUUUUAUGUUAUUUAUAUUAUAAAGUAUAUAGUAUACAAACGACCACUCGAUAAACUUCUAUCAUAGAUUUCGAUCGUUCUAGACCUAGAGAAGUAAACUUUUUUCUACCAAUGAUCUUACAGCAGAAAAAAAUCUCGAAUACUUUGUAAAAAUGAAAAUUGAGAGAUCAAAAUUCAUUGUAUUAUUAAACAAAACUAAAAACGUAGUGUGGCGCUCAUAAAAACAAAAAAAAAGUGUUUCUCAAUCGAAAAUCUAUGCUCAUGUAGUGUAGCAUGUACUACUAGUUAAAGCUUAAAAACAAUACAUAACGAGCAUCCAUUAUUACGUGCCAAAUAUUUUAAUUGAUAGUUAUUUUAUGUACGUUGAUCAUUUUUAAUAAAUGAAUAUUUACAAACUGUGAAUUCAAGAGAUUAUAAAAUACACCACAGUCUCAUUAGUAAGUAACUAAUAUGUAUGCAAACAUAUGUGUUUAUAUAUCCCAACCAUCGUACCAGAUAUUUUAAGAAAACAAUCGUGACCAAGAAUGACUAUACUGCAAGAUAAAUAAAUCAUCGAAGUUGUAUUGUCAAUGUGGCUCUAAAAUACUGUAUCAUUUUUGAGGACAUAACACUAUUUUUUGUUUUUGCAUUAAAGGGUAUUUUGAAAUAAAAGAAAGAAAAAAGCUGAAUGAAAUAAAACUUUUGAGUUUUGAGGAUAUAGUAGGCUAUAACAAUAUACUCAAUCAAGUUGAAACCCGAAAUUGGGUGCUAGCGAAGUUGGAUUUUUCUCACAAUCCGUACGUUAAACCUAACUUCGGAAGUGGUGCGCUGAAUAGCUCUUCGCGAUAUGAAAACAGCGCACCACUUCCGAAGUUAGGUUUAACGUACGGAUUGUGAGAAAAAUCCAACUUCGCUAUCCCCCAAUUCCGGUUUUCAACUGGAUUGAGAAUAUAUGGCACUGCACGAACGGAGUCCAUAAGGAACAGUACCGCCUUGUUCCACGUUUGACAGUUCCCAUACUCAUUUGGAACGGGCGUGUACGACUGAUAGAUUAUUCUGUUUCAAAUUUGACACUAGACGGCACUAUUAUUAUAGUCACUGUAUACAAACGAAUCCGUUUAUAAAUGUUUGAAAACAGCAAGGCCAGUAAAUGUCAAUUUUAAUAGUUAAUGGUCUUGUUGUUUUCUAAUUUCUAUUGGCUUCUCCAAAUGCACAAAAGUGUGCGUGAAUCCGCUGUAUUCCUCUCGCUGUGUUUGUGAUGUUUUUGCAGCAAAUAGAUUACCACCCACUUUUAUUUUAUACGCCCUAUACAGUGACAUUGAUGUUGGUGAUUCUGGCCUUGGAGAGCUCGUCCGUGUACUGCCCUGUCUACAUUUCCUCUAUCACUUUUAAUUGAAAAAAGUUUACAUUCAGUUGUCAGACGUAAAUUAUUUUUAAUAUGAAUGCAAUUUGUUAUGCAUUCUUGUCAUUUGACAUUGAUACCGAUUACCGACAUUCGACAUGUUUUUCUUAAUUCUAGGAAAAUGGCAUUCCAAUUAGUAAAAUGGCAAUAAUCGAAUUGCUACUGUACAAUGGUAAUACAGUUACGUUAGCCGGCCAAAAUUAUUCACUAGAUGGAUUUUUACCUGUAGAUGGACGAAAACAAAAAAAUAUUCAAUCAAACAAAUAAAUAAAUCAAAUUAGUAGCCAUUUGAAGCAUGUAACCAUUAACCUAAGAAAAUGUGUUCACGUACAAGUAUUGAAAAUUUUGUCAUUCAAAGAGCAGAUAAAUCCUGAUGAUAUUGAACAUCAGCAAUUGAAAUCCCACCAAUUUUUUUAAUAUGGAAUUUGCGAGGAGCUGAUUUCAAACAUGCUGAAUAUUUGAUAUAUCUUAUAUAAACAGAUUAAACCGCAAAUCUCGAUACAAAUAAAAAAACUUUUAAAAAAUCAUCGCAAACGUAAAUCAGCAAUAAGAAACGGAUUGAUGUUUCAAAAACAAAUAUUUUAAUAUUGUUUCUUGAUUCAACUCGAUUUGAUUGGGAUUAUGAUGUAAUAGUAAUACAGUAAAUAUGUGGUAAAUAAAAACGAUUGCAUGCUUUUCUGUGCAUUAUAUGAAGAGUAUACUAUACUUUUUCAGUUUCACGUUUAUUCAUUCAAGUUUAUUUGUAGAAUUGAGUUAAUCAAAUAGAUGUUCGAUAGCAAUAUGUCAAGCUUUUCUAACGAAAAACGUGAAUCUUUUUUAUAGCAAAAAUAACCAUAAUACGAUUCCCACCUUAAUCAUUAAUCAUUUUAAAAAGUAAUCAUCAUCAUUUCGAAACAGUCCGAUUAUCGAAUCAACGAGUAAGCUGGAAAAGAUCACGUGGAAUACAUCGUAACUGAGGAUUUCAAUUCCUUUGGAAGGUAAAUCGGCAAAUACACACUUGUCAAGUAUUGAAUGUCAAGCAUAGAUUAAUAAACAAUAUUGUAGUGAAAA